GGAUGAAUUCAAGAGCCCUCUUCACCCGAACGUCACUUGUCUUGCUAGCCUUACUCCUCUGAUUGCUUGACUAUGGCAAAAUCGGCAUUGGCCAUUAUGCCUCAGCCCAAACUGUAAGGCUGCCUCUAAAGAAAGUUUACUUAAGAGACCCUAUUAAAGUGGACCAACAUGAACUUGAGUCUGAGGAAGAAGCAGCGAGAAGAGGACUCAGCACACAAAAUGUAACCAUGACUAACUAUUUGGACGUCCAGUAUUACGCUAGUCUUCUGAUCGGAGACUCUAAGCAUAGCCAGACUUUCAUCUGGGACACAGGGUCUACUUUGUUAUGGAUUCCGCUUAAUAACUGUUCUUCAUGCCCAAGUUCUAAUAAGCAUACACCAAGUGGCUCCUGGUCAAACACAGGAGUGAGGUAUACUAUAACUUAUGCAGUCGGAGAAGUCAGCGGAGUCAUAGCCAAUGAUAAUGUUUACCUCACUUCAUCUUCUGGUGCAUCAAUGCAGCUGCUUGGAGUUGAUACAGUCAGUGCAGACCUUGGAGGGCUUCAAGCAGACGGAGUCCUUGGAAUGGGCCCAGCCAUUAGUUCUGGUAGGCCAGGAACUCUUUUAGUUGAACAGCUUAAAAAUGCAGGAGUUAUUGGUGCCAACACUUUCUCUGUUGAAUAUACUUUUAGGGAUGAGACAUCUUCUAUCCUUCUUGGAGGUUUUGACACAAGCAAAGUUGCUAGUGAGUCAGCAUUUUCUUGGAUUGAUCUGAAAACAACUUCACAUUGGACUGUUCCUCUCAAGAAAAUGCAGUAUGGGAGCACUCAAAUAAGCAUUGAUGCUGACGGGGGAACUCUUGACACCGGAACUUCACUUACACUAUUCCAAACGGCUGAUUUUACUAACUUAUGGGCUAAAAUAACCGAAGGAAAAACAUGUGGAUAUCUAAGUGGUACAUCAACUAGAGCUUGCCAAUGAAACUCAACAUCUGACUUUGAAGAAAUAUUAUUCCAAUUCACUGGCUAUAACGCUUAUAUGCCUGUUUCUGCAUAUAUUACGUUCAUUGACAACUCAGUUUCCCAAGACUUGUGCACAUUCUCGAUAGAUUCAUAUUCAGGUGAUCUUGGUAAUAUUGUCUUGCUCGGAGACUCCUUCCUCAGAGAGUACUAUAUUUACCAUGAUGUUGAUGGUAAAAGAGUUGGUCUCUACGGUAGAACAACUUCUUCCUCACACCUGUUGACCUAUACCACUCUAGCUGCUUUGUUGGUAUUCUGAAAUUUCCUGGCCUAGUCAUAAUCAAAACCAUU